AAUGGUAACUUUUCCUUACAAUAUUCAAAUAGUAACCAAUUAAUGAUAUUAACGUUGACGAAGUACUAAAAGGAUUGUAAGCAGUUGAAGGAGCUAAUGGUUAUGUUAUUUUCAAUUAGGAUUGUAUUACAAAUAUAAUUAUAUUAGGUAUCCCAUUAAAAAGAUCAGAAAAAAACAUCAACUAUGAAAAAGCUGUACAUAUGUCUGCUUUAGUUGCUGAUUUAUGGAAUGUUACUAAAAAAUGUAUCCAAAGAGAUUUAAGAAAUUAAGAUGUAUUCUAAUAAUUAUAAUUUUUAGAAUGAACUUGAAAUAAUUAGAAUCAGAACUAAAGCAUAAUCAGAGUAUAUAAUUUCUUAAUGUAAUAUGAUAUUCAAUAAUUAGAGGGUGAUUUCACUAUGAUUGGAAUUUAAUUAUGUGGCAAAGCAAUAGAAGAAGCUAAAUUAGCAGCUGCUGCUGAAGCAUAAGCUGCAGUUGAAGCAGAAAAAGCUAAAAAAGGAGAUAAAGAAUAAGGUUGA